AUGCGUUCUCGUCAAUCCCGUCUUGGGACUGGUCUGCUCGCCGUUGCGCUCGUGCUGGUUGUCAUUUCUACUGCUCAACCCGCGAAUGGCCUGCCCGUUGUCUCCGACCUCCUGUCUUUGCUUGGCCUUGGCGGCGGCAAACAACCUUCUCAAGGCUCUCAACCUGCUGGCGGACUGCCCAUCGUCUCCGACCUCUUGUCUUUGCUUGGACUUGGCGGCAAGCGACCCUCGCAAUCCACUGUGAUUGGUUGCAAGCCUCAGAACUGCUCGGCCAUUCGUGAACCUUUCGAGACGCUCUGUGAUGGACUUGAUAACGACUGCGACGGCAACAUUGACCUGCUCCUGCCGGUUCCCGAAAAUGUGUGCAACACGGGUCUGAAGGGUGUUUGCGCCACGGGCUAUGCUCAGUGCCACCCGGAUCGCUCGGGCGUGAAGCUGUGCCUCGGCCCAUCCCCGCGCCCAGAGACGUACAACGGACUGGACGACGAUUGCGACGGUAUUGUGGACAACGUCAAGCCGAUCGUUGCUGCUGGCAUCAGCGCCCGCAUUGCGCUCUUUGCUUUCGAUGGCGUCGACCCCAGCAGCCCGUCUGGCUACCGAAUGGUGCUCGACCAGCGCGGUCUGCCGUACGACCUGAUUUCUGGCACUGCCGCCAUCGAUCUUGCUCUUGUGUCGUUGCGCGCCAAGUACUCCCUCGUCAUUCUGCCUCCUGGAUGGACUUCCGCCUGGCUGACCAACACUCGCCGCGCCUAUCUCGAGCUGUUUGCGAACGCUGGCGGCAUUGUGUUUGCCUUUUUGCCCGACAACGGCGCCACGGCCAAUGCGUUCUGCGGUCUUUCCUCUGCAGCCGUCUCGACGUCCGUCACCUACAUGCGCACGUCGUCGACGUCUUCCUCUGCUGGUGCGGCAAUCCUUGCGCACCUCGACACCUUUGAGGAGACCAACCUUCUUAUCAAUGCCUUCACUGGAGCUGGCGAUUCACAAGUCCUGCACGCGUCUGUCGUCCUCAAUCCAAUCCUCGGCGUGAAUGUGCUCAUGAACGUCUUUACGGGCGCUUCUGGCAACUCGCUCCUCGGCGCAGGCCUCACCCGUCGUACCGUCGGAAGCGGCGCCAUCUACGCGUUCGGCCACGACAUGAUCUUCUUCCUCGGGCUACAAGUGCUACAUUAA